CACUCACAGACACGCAUCCUUGUUUCUGACCAGAAACGAGUAUUUCUGGCUAUACCAACUGAUAGAGAUCCUUUGCGUCAGCGAAAGAUGCAGUAAAGGCAGUUAUGUCUUUGUGACCUACAAAGGGAAACAAAUUGAGAAAUCUGUCCAGGUCCUUAAAAUAGCCUGGAGAGAUGCUGGCCUGGAAGGGAAUGUCACCUUCAGAGAACUACAGAGCUGUCUGGCCACACAAGCCAGCCGAUACCUCACUCUUGAAGAAAAUAACAGAGUGGCUAAGUCUAUGUGGCAUGACUCGGAUGCUGCUGAGAGUCUCUCUGACACAGAGGACGGCUUCAAUGCCAGGCAGCUGAGAAUGAAAGCCAUUAGUAUGGCUGAGGAAGAUGUGGAAGAAAAUGACUCCACUGAAGAGGAAACUGAUGAUGAGGACCUACUUGUACUCAGUGAGACUGAGCACAGGUCAACAUUGCCUUCCAAGAAGUCAGAGACUAGUAGGGAAGUCAUUAAGGAGGUCCACUCAAAUAUGUCUGUCCAGUUCAAAACAGAAAGUUCAGAUAGUGAUGAUGAGGAUGAAAAUGUGCCACUUUCUGAACUGAGAGAAAAAACAAAGAGGAAGUCAAAUUUCACAGUGAAAUCUCCCUCUAAAUGUUUUGUCAGUUCAACAGCGCUACCUGACACUAUUAUUGACUCGUAUCUUAAGUCGCUGAACUUGGUCAGGGUGAGCCCAUUGAGACAGAAAAAGACAUCCCACACCAAAAUGUGUGAUGGGGUUCAGGAGGAUGUGCCCCUGGUAGAGGUAGGUCAGAGCCAAGACUCUGAGAUUCCCCCAGAGGAUACACCCCUGAAAGAGGCACCUGCCAAACAAUUGCCAUCACACUGUGUGGUCCAAAAUACUGAACAGGAUAAGCCCACACGUGUUUAUCAGCAGUUGCUCCCUGUUGAUGAUCCUGAUGAAAUUCAGGUGGUGGCAGAGACCCAAAUGAGUCAGUAAGCUGAGCGAGUUUACUAAUAGUUCAGUGAACAGGGAAUUUUUUAUCAAAUGUUUAAAAGAGUAACGUUAUAGCUAAAUAAGUGCAAUGAUGGCUGGUGGCAUGUGAGUAAAUAAUUCUUUAAAAACAGUCAGCGGGUGGAGACUGACAAUGUAUUUUGUAUUCGUUGAAUGCAUUUCUUUAUUUCUAUUUUCUUUUCUUUUAAAUAACCAGCCACAUGUUUGUUGACAAAGAAAAACUGUUCAUAAAAAACACUCAUUAAAAAACAGAAAGGGUUUGGUGAAUUUUAUUCUGCCUCUACUGCACUUAAACUGUUA